UUCUAUUUCCUGGGAUGCUGUUUUCACGAAAACAAAGCUGCUGAAUCGAAGAGUUACAGUUGAACAUAAGACAAAAAGUCAGCUAUUUUCGACUAAAAAUCUACUUUUACCUUUUCUUUAUUACAAAUUACGAGCUGUUUCCCCGCUGGUUGAGGAAAUGGGCCGGAUCUUCCUGGAUCACAUCGGUGGGAGUCGCCUCUUCUCCUGUGCCAACUGUGACACAAUUCUGACCAAUCGUGCUGAACUCAUCUCUACACGCUUCACUGGAGCAACCGGCAGAGCUUUCCUCUUUAAUAAGGUUGUGAAUCUGCAGCACAGCGAGGUGCAGGACAGAGUCAUGCUGACCGGAAGACACAUGGUGCGAGAUGUCAGCUGCAAGAACUGCAACAGCAAGCUGGGCUGGAUGUACGAGUUUGCCACAGAGGAAAGUCAGCGCUACAAGGAGGGCCGAAUAAUCCUAGAGAGGGCUUUGGUGAGGGAGAGCGAAGGCUUUGAGCACAUUCCAUCUGAUGCUUCAUGAGUUCACCAUCAUUGCCAGUGUGCUCAGAGUCAUACAGCUUUUCCCUCAAGCAGUAGUUCACCCUCUUGCAUGGACAGUGAUCACUUUGCAGGUAAAGCUGCGCCAGAAAAUAAAAAAAAAAUGCUUCGAUGGGUGUUUGUGGGAAAUCCAGAGUUAAAUGAGAAUGGUGUUGCUUUCCUGCCCAUUUUAGAUUCCUCCAGUUGUAUUGCAGGGCCAGUAGGGUGCAGUGUUGUUCAAAUGGUGGGAGAUUAGCUGUUGGAAGAACAAAUACGAUUCUCUCUUAAAUUAAAGUGCGGAGCUCAGAGGUGGAGCAUUAAGCUAAAUAACCCAAGCUUACGAUAAUUAGUGCUGUUUGCUUUAUUUUUUUCUUUUGUUUCUUUUGUCUUUCUAUUUAUUUUCAUUGUAGUGUUUAUUUAUUCUAUUUAGUGAAAAAAGUUAUUAUUUUGGGCCUGUUAGAUAUUAUUAUUUAAAGUUAU